CACGAAGUCUGUGACGAAGGGAGGUACAGUAAAAAGUUCAGUCCUAUUUUAAAAGUUCACCCGAUAGAGACAGUUUUAAAAGUCUAAAGACAACAUGUAGUUUAUCUUUUUAAGCAUGAGUGCUGAUAAAAAUCAGCGGGGGAAAAACCUUCAAACGUUGGAGAUCAUUCAGUUUAUUGCAGACGAUGUUGAAGUCGAAUGUCGAGCAGUCGAGAAUGUCGUUCGCCUUCUAACAAACGACAACACUGUUGCGUUUAUAGCCAGAUAUAGACGACAUGAAACUGGAAAUCUUGAAGCACAAAAGAUACGUAUGAUUCAAGAAUCGUUAGAACAAGUAAAGUGAGUCUUCUAUAUAUAAUGCUUUGAAUGUUUUUAAAUUUGUUGAAGCAUGUGCGCACGUAAUUAGAUGGCGGGAGAUUUAAAUUUUUAAAAGGACAAUCUUUAUUUUGUUUUAUAGUUUAUAACUGGUGUCUGUUUUGCAAUACGGGGGGAUACAAAUAUGCGGAGUCCACUUUUCUAUAAGAUUGCAUGUUGGUAAAAAAAGUUUCCCCUUGACAAGUAUUAAAUUAAAUGGGUGUUAGACAGAGUAAAUUCAGCAAAAUAAUAAAGUAUGACCCAUUGAAGUACCAUGCAACUUAAUUUGUUAGACCCUGUUUACAUGGUACAGAACGAAUUGGAACUGGGCUGAAAUUAGUCCGUUUCGGCCUUCCGUUUUCCCCAAGAACCAUGGAACUGGGUGAAUUUGAGACCCUCUAACUGGAUGAAUUUGCAUGUAAACAGGCGAAAAAGGACAAAUUUCAGCCCUGUCCCAAAUUCGUCCAGUACCGUGUGAACGUCUUAAUGUCCAAGCAUGUUAGCCAAAAAUUAGGCAAACUAUUAUGUGCUCCCCCCCUAGAAUUCUAGCUUUUACGAGGUUUCAUUGAAAUUCCUUGCAAUUUGGUACAUACUCUAUUAUUAUAUAUUACCAUCUGUGGUAAUACUGAUACAGGCUGGCCUACCAAAUAGGAUAAAUAGACAUGCUUGCUGAGAUAUGACAUGAACCAAAUCACCCUGCCAUAUAUUACUUGAAGUCUUGGUCUAACAAUGAUGUACCAGUAUUAUAUCCUAGGGCCGUUGAAAGUCGUAAAGAUUCAGUUAUUAAAAGUAUUGGUGAAAAAAUCACUCCUGAUAUAAGACAGAGUUUAAAAUAUGCCAGAAGUUUGCAGGAAGUUGAAGACAUUGUAAGUUGCAUCAACAUUAUGGGAUAACUUCAUGGAUUAACAUAGCCUAAAAAAUACCUGUGGUUCCAGUUUCAUAUUGUGAAAAAUUAGGGUAGGUAGGUUGGAAAUAACUUUUUUAAAUAUUUUUUUCUUCAUGAUUUUGGUGUUUUGUUUUUUUUGCUGGGCGAUUUUCAGUAUAGUCCUGACAUCAAUAUGAACUAGAGAUGUGUAUUUCCUAUGGACGAAUUUAGGCAUUUUGGUUCAAUAAUUAUUGUGACAACAGAUGCCAUUUUGGCACGCUGUAUGAGCAGCCUGCAACCACCUGGAGAAAAUAGGUUUGCACGGUCAAUUGUGUUGAAAAAAAAUAAUAGGGUUGGCAGAAAAAAAUAGGGUAUGUCAGGAUACCGGAACCACAGGUAUUUUUUUUAAGGCCCUACUCUAUUAUUACACCAGACGAUUUUAUACUCGUCAAGGAGAGAGUGCUGCCACUCAAUGGGUUAACAUUUGACAAAACAUCAAAUUCAAACUGAAGUGAAAACAUACCCAUUUAUUACUCUUAAAAUAUUAUAUAUCCCAACUUUAGUAUUCACCAUUCAAACCAGGAUCGAAGGGAACUUUGGCUAAUCGUGCGAGAAAUCUUGGACUUGACAAGGCAGCCGAACUUAUCAGUAGAGAUUCAAAUAUAGAAAAUCUCUCUGCAUUUGUACAACCAGGCAAAAAAGGUAUUCAAACAUAUUUGAACCAGGGGCAAGAUGCCUGGUUACUAGAAGGUUCACACCCAUCUACUGUAGCAACCUUCCCCUCGGCAGUCCUCAAUUGGUUUGCCAGCUCCCACCCAUAAAAUGUCAGGAUUGACUGAUGCUUACCAAGUAUAUUAAAUAAUUGGAUAAUACUGACAACAGCUUAACAGUGGUUCCACAAUGGUUACCUGUCUCCUAGGUAUGCCUAGAUCCACACAUUUUAUUUCCAAGGGCUCCUCAGGUUAUUAGUCACUAAAGGAAGCCAAAAAGCAGUAUGGUGUGUGAUCUGCAUAAGGGCAUUGGCUUACAGUCAAAAUAUACAAGUCAGAACCUUCCCACUUCCGCUUCUGCAACUUGUUUUGUAUUUCUGUAAUUUCUUCUAUUUUUCUGUAGCGAUUACCGCUUUAUGGGCAAAUAUUGCGGUAGAAUUUCCCUAAUUCUUUCCUUUAUAUACGUCAAUUUGUAGCAAAGGAUACACCUUUCGUUAGAUUCUUUGCAUAAAAGUUGCAAAAUUUUGACUUUUAAGUACCAUCAAAUGAUUGUAGUUGCCAAUUUUAAAUUUGUAUAGUAUGAACACACUAUGAGCGGCAGUUUAAAACAAAUUUAUCAGCAAAUAUCACUUAAGAUCUAAGUUGUAUUUUGACUGUGAACUGAUGCAAUUUCAAACUUUAAUUGAUUUAUAACUGAGGGAUGGCUCUCAUAACACACAUAUCUACCAAGAAAAUUAGCAGGAAUGUACAUCCCCAUAGUGUUCAAUAAUUUCCAUGCUAUUCAAUCCUUGCUAGGUUUAUCCAGUAAUGCUGAAGUGACAAAAGGUGUUCAACAUAUCAUUGCUGAUAAAAUAUCUAAAGAUAAACUUGCUUGCAAUUUGUUGAAAUCCAUGUGAGUAUCUUGAACUUAUAGUACAACAUCCUAUUGAGUGGUAGCACUCUCCCCUUGAUAACGUUAUAUUUAAUUAACAGAUAGUUAUUAUUUAAUAUGACAAUUACGUUAUAUGAGUGUGAUUUGUCAUUUGGUACAAGAUUUCUACAAUCUUUCAAAAUUAUUGGGAGGGAGGGGGUGGGGGGGCUCGCCCCCUCCCCUCCCCCCCCUCUAGUGUCCGUCACUGUGUUAGACAGAGUAAAAUAAUAAAGUAGGGUGCAUCAGGUUGCCACUUUACUAGUAGCUACAACAUGUGCAAAUUUUUACUAUGUCUGGUAUUUGAUGUUGACAUGAUGUCACUUCUCCUAACACUGUGCAGGUUUGAAAACAGUCGUAUCACGUUGGAAACGAAAGUUCGGGAGGAAUUUGAAAAAGAAACCAAAUACAAGGACUAUCAUCAAAGUUCUUUCUCAGUGAAACAAGUUAAAUCACAUCAGGUAUAGUUCAGUGGAGUGAGUGGAGAGCCCAAACUUGUCAAUCUUGGGGGGGGGGGGGCAGGUGGUGGAGGGGUGUGACAGGUGGUGGGGAUACAUUAUUUCCAUUUAGUCUAUUACAGUAGUGUAUUUUCAUUUAUUGACAGACUCUGUCCCCCCAGGCAUUGGUGCAUAAUGUAUAUGAAUUUGACAAUCCACCCUUUAACCCAUUGAGUGGCAGCACUAGUGGCGAAGCUAGCCCGACAAUUUGGUCAUGCUAUGCAAAUAUUUCCGUGUUCAUAGACCGUGAAAACAAUAAAUUUUUAAAGAAAUGAAUAAUGAUAAUCAUUUAAAAUUUGCAUAGCAUGACCAAACUGUUGUGCUGGCUUUGCCACUGGGCAGCACUCUCCCCUUGACGAGUAAGUUAGACAAAAUAAAAAGGGCACAUUCCCACUUAAAGGGUUAACAGAUGCAUGGACAGAUAAUCUGUCUGAUCAAUCCAUUGAGUGGUAGCACUCUCCCCUUGACGAGUAAAAGCGUCUGGCAUUAGACAGAGUAAAAUAGUAAAGUAGGACACAUCAGGGAGCAUUGCCACUUAAAGGGUUAAUGUGAAAAUCAUCUGGCAUUGUGAGGAUUUGAACAUCAUGUCACAUCUCUGAAAAAGGAAUGGUCAUUGAACAAGGUGUUAAUUGUUAGUAGUUGCUGUGUAUGAUGUUUUAAUAUUCUUUGUAGAUUCUUGCAAUCAAUCGUGCAGAAGGUGAAAAGAUUCUUCAAGUGAAGUUGAACUGCCCACAAAACCUUGAACGGAUAUUUUUGCACCAAGCUGAAAGACAACAUAUUCUCAUCAGUAACAGAUCGUCUGGUAAGUUUUGAAAAUUAUUUAAAAGUAUUUAUGUAAUAGCUUCCCAGCUGAGUUGGUUCAAUUUGCAUGAUACAAUUUGCUAGUUAUCUGCCAAUUAAUGUUGAGCAUAAUAAUAUGGCAGUUUUUUUAAACUUGUUAAAAAAAGUUUUAGCUUACUAUUUAAGAAUGUACAUCACUUUUCAGAAAUAGCCUGCAAAAUGCAUUCCAAUUUGAAUGCAAAAUGAACACAGCCAGCAACGCAUUUCCCAAAGCUUUUUAUCAACGCUUGUUUCUGAGCAGUCCAGCUAGUAUAUUGCAUUAUUUUACAGGUUUUGUUAGGGGGAUAAUGUCUACAUCACUAAUAGAUGCUUACAACAGGCUGAUGUUGCCCAAGCUGUUCAGACAUAAGAG